UCCGCCCCCGCCUCCUCCCCCGGCGCCUGUCACCAUGAUCAUCUCCAAGAAGAACCGUCGCGAGAUCUGCAAGUACCUCUUCCAGGAGGGAGUCUUGUAUGCCAAGAAGGACUACAACCUGGCCAAGCACCCCCAGGUCGAUGCCUUGAACCUCGAGGUCAUCAAGCUCAUGCAGAGCUUCGAGUCCAAGGAGUACGUCAGGGAGACCUUCUCGUGGCAGCACUACUACUGGUACCUGGCCAACGACGACAUUGAGUUCCUCCGCACCUUCCUCAACCUGUCGUCUGAGAUCGUGCCCAACACCCUCAAGAAUUUCCUUGCAACUUAA